UUCACCUACCGGAAGCCGGGGUGGAUGUCCCUGUUCGGCUUCACCACCACAAAGCAUAUUCCGAGUCUGAUUCCAGGAAUUAUCUUUGCCGUCAUAUCUAGUCUCGCGACUCCCGUCUUUUCCGUAGUCUUGGGCGAGAUUUUCAACUCAUUCGCACUGUUCGGUGGAGGCAGAAUUGCAAAAGAUGACCUGACUCAGCGAAUCAGCAAAUAUUCUAUCGAGCUGGUCGCUCUAGGGGCAGCCAGUUGGGCCUGCAACAGCGCUUAUUACAUCCUUUUUGUGAUCUUUGGAGAACUUCAGGCUGCGAAUGCUCGUACGAAGCUAUUCGAAGGGCUUCUGCAGAAGAAGCAGGAAUGGUUCGAAACGCAGCCGGAUGGCACCAGGGUCUUUUUGUCUUCCCUCCAGGGACAAAUCGAUGAUUUACAGAAGGGAACGUCACAGGCUCUGGGCCUUUCGCUGCAGUAUGUCUUUCGAGCUAUUUUCUCGUUGGCUCUGGCUUUUUGCACCUCUUGGAACCUCACUCUAGUCACUCUGGCCGGCAUUCCCUUCCUCUCUGCCACCAUGUCAUUCCUUUCCACCAAGACAAAUUCGAGUUUGGACGCACAGAAGGAAGAGCUGGCACAUGCUUCGAAGACUGUUGACAAUGUCGCUACUUCGAUCGACGCCGUCAAGUCUUUUAAUGGGCAAUCCACGGAAAUCCGCAAUUUCGUGGCCAGUAUUGACAACGCUGCUUCACAUUACCUCAGACGCGCACACUUUGCCUCCCUACAGAUAUCCGCUCUGCGACUGAUGACAUUUGGUAUGUUUGUGCAGGGAUUCUGGUACGGGAGCUCCUUGGCCACCUCGGACAACCUCUCAGCGGGUGAGGUCCUCAGAACAUUUUGGGCCUGCUUGGCAGCGGCACAGUCCAUGGAGUUCCUUAUGCCACAGGUCGUCUUCCUGGCAAAAGGAAAGACUGCAGCACUAGCUUUGGUUCAUACCUUGGGUGAUCGAUCGAAUGACGCGGCUGGAGGGGAGAGGAGAGGGUCUGUAUACCCGGACUUUUGCGAAGGUGACCUCGAAGUCAGCGAUCUUUCAUUUGCUUAUCCAUCGCAACCGAAGCGACUUGUCCUAGAUUCGACAAGCUUCUUCUUCCCCGCUGGAGAGACAACAUUCGUUAUCGGCAGAAGCGGGUCUGGAAAGAGCACGCUUGGACAGCUGCUCACACGCUUCUACCUACCGGUAUCGGGCGAGAUCACAAUUGAUGGUGUUCCCAUCCAGUCGUUGAGCAUCGACUGGAUAAGGAAUAACAUUACCGUUGUUGAACAGCGAAGCGUACUCUUCAAUGAAUCUAUUUUCAUGAAUAUUGCGUUCGGCAGCCGCGAUUAUGACCGACUUCACAAAACAGAUGUACAGGAAUGCAUUGGCCUUGCAAUGCUUCACAAUACCAUAGAUGAUCUACCUAAGGGGAUCGACACCUGUGUUGGUCACGGAGGUGAUUUCUUAAGUGGUGGUCAGAGACAGAGGGUGGCGAUUGCGAGGGCGCGGCUGAGGAAUACACCGAUCUUAAUAAUGGAUGAGCCCACAAGUGCCCUGGAUGCAACCAACCGCGUGGAAAUAAUGAAAGCUAUUCGGGAAUGGCGUCGAGGGAAGACAACGAUUAUCAUCACGCAUGAUAUGUCCCAGAUUAUGGAUCACGACUUUGCCUACAUCAUGGACCAAGGCAGGGUUGUUCAAGCUGGCUACCGAUGUGAGCUGGAAGACAGCAACACAUUCCUCAUCCCUGCUAAAAAGGUUCAUGAUGAAAGCAACAUUACUGAUGUUCGCGAUACUUCUGACUCGUGUUCCCAUGCCUCAGAAAUCUCAACCGAGAGCACAUGCGGUCCGGGCUUAGAUUUCUACUCUCGGCAUGAAGAGCUUGCACAACAUUCAUCGGCUCUCUACAGAUACAAUACAAGCUUGCACAGCAAUCCCAAGUCUAUAGUCCCCCGAUGGGAUAGAGCUUUCCCAGACUCGAGAAAUUCCAUCGGGUUGCAGAUGUUUGAACUCAAAUCCAUCCAAGUCCGUGGCGCAGAUGUCCCGUCCCACCGGCUGAGUCGCAACAUGAUCCCGAUGAACGAGGCUGUCAAUGAGAUAAAAGCUGCCAGAUCGAAGCAGCCUACCAGGUGGUCAUUCAAACGCACAACACGCCUCUCGCCGCAAGAACGCAUGUCACUGGCACAGAUAAUGCUGACCAUAGUUCCUAAUCUGACUCAGAAACAGCGUUUGCUUCUCAUCCUUGGAUGCUUAAGCACCCUCUGUCAUGCAAUGGCCACCCCGAUAUUUUCUUAUUGCUUGUCACAACUCCUUGAGACAUUCUAUGACAGCCAAGCCCGCGCCUCGACAUGGUCAUUGAUUGUUCUCGGUGUUGCAAUAGGCGACGGCAUUGCAUCAUUCUUGAUGCAUUAUCUUCUGGAGCUAUGUGGCCAGGCUUGGGUGGACCGCCUCCGGAAAAGAAGUUUCCAUCUUGUACUUGAUCAGCCACGUAAAUGGUUCGAAGAAGUUGGGAAUGAGCCUUUUCAACUUACCACAUGUCUCAACCAAAGCGCUGAAGAGAUGAGGAACCUUGUUGCGCGGUUUGGCGGUUAUGUGCUCGUGGCCGCUGCAGUGGCUGUGGUUGCUAUCAUAUGGAGCAUGGCUGUCUGCUGGAAAUUGACUCUUGUUGCAGUAGCCUGCGGCCCUGUCAUAUAUGCCAUCACCAGAGGACUCGAAAAGACCAAUGGGAUAUGGGAGCGCCGAUGUACCGGGGUCCGAACAUCAGCUUCCGAAGUAUUCGUGGAGACAUUCUCGCAAAUCCGCACCGUCCGAACAUUGACACUCGAGCCAUAUUUCCAUAAGAAGCAUAUGAAGGCUGCGUCGAUGUGUAUGGUUCUUGGCCUGAAGAAAGCUGUUUACACCGGGUUUCUUUUCGGACUGGUGGAGCCCAUGAUCAUAUUCGUCAGCACUCUGAUCUUUUACUACGGAGCGGUCCUCGUAUCGUCGCUCGAAUUUACCGUCCAGGAUCUGAUGACGGUAUUCUCGGUCCUUCUAUUCAGCAUCGCAUACGCCAGCACGGUACUGUCAUGGAUUCCUCAGAUUGGCACUUCGCAGGAGAUGGCAAACCAACUCUUACGCCUUGCGAAUCUCCCCGAGGGCGCUUCUCAUGAACACCGAGGCAAUCUGAAGAUAGCCACGGUAGCACCGGUGCAGGUCAAGGGCUUGAACUUCCGGUAUCCAUCACGUCCUGAUGCUCUGGUCCUGCGGGACGUGUCCAUCAACAUCCCGAGGAACAAAUGCACGGCAAUUGUUGGGAGGUCGGGAUCCGGGAAGUCGACCAUAGCAUCGCUCCUGCUAGCCCUGUACGAGGCACCUCCUUCCAAGGAUGGAUGGCCUACAGUGUCUCUAAAUGGAAUUGACCUCCAACGCGUGCAUACACCGACACUCCGCUCGCUGAUUUCCAUCGUCUCCCAGCGACCUUCUAUCUUCCCGGGAACCAUUGCGGAGAACAUCAGCUACGGAUUAGAAGAAGAAUCCCCUCUUCACACGAUCUUUCAUGUCCGCGCAGCAGCGGAGGCGGCUGGGAUUGACGAUUUUAUCAGUUCCCUUCCGGAAGGAUACUUCACCAUGAUCGGGGAUGGAGGGGCCGGACUGUCGGGGGGACAAGCCCAGCGGCUGGUGAUUGCACGGGCGCUCGUUCGGCAGCCACAGAUUUUAAUCAUGGACGAGGCCACGUCCAGCCUCGACCCCAGCAGUGCAACGAUCAUCCGGCGGACCGUGCAGAGGCUGGUCACGACCCGGCUAGGUCUCACGGUGCUUAUCAUUACGCACGCAAGGGAUAUGAUGGAGAUUGCGGAUAACAUUAUUGUGCUUGAGAAUGGGUGCGUGGUGGAAGAGGGGGCAUACAAGGAGCUCGCACGACAGACGGAUGGGAAAUUAAGGGCUCUUAUAGAGGAGCCAGACUCGGAUGAAGAUGAAACAGGC